AUGAUGAUGAUUAUUAUUACUAUUGGCACAAAGUCAAUGAACUAUCGCGGAUUGAGCUUCAAAACGGCUGGAGAAUUAUCUGAAGUAGUUGUUGUUAUGCAAUUGCUUGUUACGGGAAUAAUCAUGAAAACGAAUGGAAUAAAAAGCAACAAAAAAGAAAACUCAUUUGUUGCGCAACAAAAAAAUUCUGCCAUCAUCAUUAAAACAUCGCGGUGA